AUAUGUUCAAGAACGACAUGAUCAUUUUGGUUAUUGUUAUGGUUGGGCUGUAAAUCAAUCAAGUUGCACCAUGUUGUUUAGAGACAAUAUUUAUGUUGUGGCUCAUAAUCUUUGUUGCAUAGCUAAGCAAGGAAAUUAUGGCGUAUCUAUUAAUUGGCUUCAAGGUGCAGCAUGGCUUGGAAUAGAACAAAUACAUGGCAGAACUGUUGAUCAUUGGUAUACAUUUGGACGUGAAUAUUGGAGUGAAGUUAAUGAACCAAGAAAUGGUGUACGCUUUUCGGGACCUAAUUUAAAAGCACCUUAUCAAUUUACUGAUUAUGAUGUUUGGCAAAUUAGUCCACAAGAUCCACAUCUUUUUGACUUACCAAAAGAUACUGAUUGUAGUCAGUCAUGCCCAUAA